GGGACCAGUUAGUGCCAGCAGAUAGUCGACGCACAUACAACGCUGAUCUCCACACGUUGGUGGUUGCUGAAAUUAGGCGUGGAUAAGUGAAUAAUGAAUAUGUGAGGGCUGUAAGUGAGAUCAGAAGCUCAAAGAGAAAAGAUACAGUGAACAGUGCAUGAGACUCAGGAAGUCCGUAAGGAACGAUUAUCGUUGUUUACAGUACGGUGAGAAGGGUGACAGACGUAUCUGCCUUAUUACUUCCACCAGCCGCUUCAGGAAUAUUCAUAUCAGUGAUGUGUCUUCUUUUCUUCUAAAGAACAUGUACUUCAUGAGACGCAUCUCAUACAUGUAUAUUACCAUAUUGUGUGCAUAAAAGAAAAUUUCAGCUUCAAACACAAUAUUAUCUUCACAAAUAGAACAACAUGAAUACCGGAACUGUCCAAUGAAAACAGUUUCAGUUAACAUACGCAUUAUGGUUUGAGCCAACAUUCUUCAUUAUGAAAGUAAGAAGAGAAUGUCGACUAAAGAGUGGCUAGGGAAUAACCGUCAACGAUAAGAAAGCGGAUGCCGCUGUCUGUGUUUCCUUUGUUGACAAGAGCUAUAAGCGUGUACCCAGUUCCCACAAAGCUUUCAGGAGUGAAGAGCUCUCUGUACUUCAGCCUCCUAGAGACUACGGGGAGAGAAGUACUCUUCAUCGCCUCCCUUUCAAACAAAUAUGCAAUUCUAAGUGAAGGUUCCAAGUGAAACAUAAUAAGUGUUCUUCAUUGGUGUGAAUGCCAUAUGACGUUUGAGGAGUGGUGUGAACAGUGCGCAUCCUUCCCCGUGAAUUAUAUUUUGAUCAUAAGACCAGCAAGAGGACGUGACUCGCCAGCUGAAGGAACGAGGCCAGAGUGGGUGAUGCAGAUUUUUCUCUAAGCAAAGGUUUUUGGUGCCACCUUCCUUUGCUCAAGAAUAUUCCCACCUCCGCUUUCCCGAAUAGAAACCAUUGGAUACAGCGUCAUAUUGAACGGCAUAAUGAACAGAAUGUAAAAAGUGUCGCUGUGGGAGGUUAACCCUCAUCAUAAUUAUGGGUAAAGGCUUGGGCGUUGGACAGGGCACAGGGAAGGGUGUGAAUGGCGGCUGGAGGGUGAAUGCUUUUCUGCUCCUCCUGACGGGAUGGCAGGCAGUGCUGCUUCCUUGGUCACCACUUAUCCUCAGAGAUGCCGGAUUCUCCGCCACCAGCGUAGGUGUACUGAGUGGAGGCACCACGAUAGCGGCCACCGUGGGCGUGGUGGUGUGCCUGCGCGCCAUGAGAAGGAGUCGUAGCGGGGCAGUGCGUCGCCUAUUACUGUGGCUGCUGCUGGCUACAGCUAUCCUCUUGCAGGGAUGCGGUGUGGGGUUUGAGUUGCACCAUCUGUCGCAAGGCGGAGUUAUGUCAUCUUGUGUCAAUGGAUGGCUCUUUGCUCCAGCGUCAUCCUUCUUAGUCCUGAACAACGCGCCCACAUCAACCACGCCUCAUUUUCCCAAAAUAGCGUCGACAGAACAGGCUCAUGGACUUCCCUCAGCCACCAUAAUACCACCAUCACCUUCGCCGCCACCACCUGAUGGUUCUCACGGGGCUGGCUCUCCUGUCAACCCCCACCCGCAACACAACACUCCUCACCGACCCGCAUCGGUCAACCAUAUCACUACCACCACUUCCCCUGCUAGAGCUGCCACUUCCCCUUCUCCUCCUCCUCCUCCUCCUCCUCCUCCUCCUCCUCCUCUUCCUACUACUACUACUACUACUACUACUACUACUACUACCACUACUACUGUUGCUGCUGCUACUACUACUACUGCUGCCACUAACUCCUCAGCCACAACCACUUCAUUGCACCAUACAGUUCCAGCCGUAAAGACUUCCACAAAAAAAAUUAAUCACAAAGUGCACUUGAACAACAAACUCAGUUCAGUGAGAACUUUGACCUUUGGCAAUGAUGGUACUACAGAGGCACCACACAAGAAGUUCCCUGCUACACGCAAGCCUGCCAUCCCGGGCAGUGGUGAGGGUUCACGAAAACAUCACUACACUAAUGUUCAUCUGCCUGACGUUUCUUCCACAAAUUCUGAACAAGGUAAAAACUUCAGGAAAACAAAAUAUCACACGAAUCACAAACACAUACAGCUGCCAAGUGAUGAUGAUCAUCAACAUGAUUUAGAAGAUAAUGAUAGUACCUCCUUGCAAGACGUGUACGAAUAUGACGAUCCUGAAGAGAGUGAGGAAGAAGUUGAUUACGAAGACGAUUCCCGAAAACUCCUUAAUUAUCAUCCGAGGUUAGGCAGCUACUUCCCCUCUUCCUUUAAUCAUCUGCCUCAUUCUGCAGGGAAUACAAGGUCAGAAGUGGCAGAUUUUCUAGGAAUCCCAUCAAAUUUGUUUCAACACGACGUGCAAUCCAAAGUUUCUUCAGGAUUAUGGAAGUCAUAUUUACAGAAAACUCAAAACAAAAUCAGAAAUUCAUUUCAUAAUCUCCACAACACUGACUCUUUCACAACAAAAAAUAAGCAGGAAAAGCGUCAUGCGCUUCAGAUGAAUGACCAAGAAAGUCUUCCUUUCAUCUCUAAUCCCAGGCAACAUCCCCUCAACCCUUUGCCACUCAUGACAAAAACACAUCAUCCUUCUGAGAUAAUAAAAGAUCCAUUUGAUGACACAAACCAAUAUGAGAUCGAUUCUCAACACAUUAUUCAUGGUCGAAGCCGUAGGGAUCUCACCAAGGCAGGAAACAGCCACGCUCAUCCUGUCAAAAUUGCAGCAAAGGAAAAGGAACCACAGUUUAAUGAUGCAGCGGAAAAUAAACAUAUUUCCUUAGAAGAUAUGAAGAGCGAUACUGUAAAGGUAGUCGUAGCUGUGCUCCUAGUGUUGGGUGGCCUGGCAGGGGCAGGGAUAGAGGCGGGCGUGGCGCAACUGUGGCAUUGCAUCGUCCAUGGUUAUGAUGAGAGUGGUGUGAGUCAAGACGUGCUGCAACGCACCAUCAGUCACACUUUUCACCUCAGCACUUAUGGGAGCCACAAGAUUUGGACGGGUAUCACCUCAGGGGGAUGGACGAUGGGGGCCGGUGUGGUGUCUGUCCUGGCGUGCUUAGCAGGGAUCGGAGGCGGUGGUUACGGAGGAUUGUUGGGUGCGCAUCUAGUCCUAGGUGUGGCCGCUCUCCUCUUCCUCCUCGUCUUGCCUGUUCCCUACGGCUCCAUUGACCCACCCAGGACCCGCCGCCCACUCUCUCUGUACCUGGAUGACGAGGUGCUGCGAGAGGGAGUAAGGCGACUCACGUUCCAUAUAUGGGUGUUCAUUAAUGGAUGUUUAGCCGCUCUCUCCUUUACCUUCAGCCUGUGGCUCCUCCAAGAGAUGACAGCCGAGGGUUGGCUGGUGGGCAGCCAAGCAGGUGCUGUCGGCAUGACUCUGGUGUGUGAGAGUCUAGCCCUUCAUACCCAACGCCGCCUCGUCAUCCGCUGGGGUCUCCAUGGUCUUAUGGGCGUGUGCGGUGUGAGUCUCAUGCUCCAUUAUGGUUUCAUGUGGGCAUCAAAAAGUGCUGGAGUAGUAGUGAUGGCACACGCUGGCCUAGGCGUGGCCAAGGCCUUCCUGUGGGUGGCUGUGAAACACAACGCUCUACUGCUCGCUACUGUCAGUGACCAGGAGCGGGAGGCAUGGGCGUCAUGGUGGUGCUGGCGGUUUGGCCUGGGUAUCGGAGCAGCAUUGUGGGGCGUGGGGGUAACGGGGUCAGACGACAGAGUGCAGCCUCUGGUAUUGCUAGCUACCAUUGCAGCCGCCAUCCUUGCUUCCUCACUCUGCAUGACGGCCGUGCUUUCGAGUCGAAAUUCAAGAACCAGGAGGCGAGUAUACCACACUCUUGACCUUGACAUAGCCAACGACGAGGUCGAUGAGGAAGAGAACGAUGCUACUGAAGAUGACUGGCUGGUCAAGAGAGCCAAAAAGGAAGGAUUAGUACUGUGACCAAUGGCAACUUAACCUCAUAGUUUAGGACUCUCCGAGGAGCCACUUAUUUGCAUACAGUGUGUAUUGUUGAAGGCAGGACAAGGACUAAAGAAUUUCUUGAUAAAUUUCAAUAGAAAUGUG